UGCCUGAAGGAGACCAUGUCCGUGGCCGACAGCCUCUACAACCUGCAGCUGAUCCAGGAAUUCUGCACUAAGUACCUGGGUGGCUGCUGCCCCCUGGCACUGGAGGACCUGCUGUAUGUGCCCCCAGUGCUGAGGAUCAACAUUGGAGUGUUCCUGGCUGAGCUCUUCCUGUGCUUCGAGGUGCUCAAGCCGGACUUUGUGCGCCCGAAGGAGCUGUGGGGACUCAAAGAUCCUCCUGCAAUGAGCGACUCCCUGACGCCCAGCAGUGCGAACAGCAACAGGUGAGUCUUGGCACUCCUGCAGCCUGCCAUGGUGGGUAGGUCUUACUGUGGUACCUAGGAGCUGGUGAGUGAGGGGCCAGGUGGCACUCUCCCCUGGCAGUCAGUGCUGGCCCCAGUGCAGCACUAGGGGGCAUUGCAGGGGGUGCUCUC